AUGUCAGAAGAGCAUAUUCGUGCGCUGUUGAAUGUCGGACCGACGGAGGAUAUCGGUUUGGAGUGUCUCGUCGACCCACCACCCGGAGAGAGACCUGAUUAUGCGUUGCCUACAUUGGUCAAGCUCGCGAUCUUCAGCAGUCCGAAGAAGAGACUUACGCUGCAGGAGAUUUACCAGGCGUUGCAGGAUAGGUUUGAGUGGUAUAAGGAGAACGACGCCUGGAAGAAUUCGAUCCGACAUUCCCUCUCCCUUCGAAGCUGUUUCCGAAAAGUUACGAGACCGAUCACUGAGCCUGGUAAAGGUUGCUAUUGGACUCUUGACCUGAGCCAAGGCGAAGGUAACAAGCGUGUUCGCAAGCGA